GACACAAAACAGCUUCCAGGCGGCGGGCGCGGCUCCACUGCGCAUCUGGCUGGAGGGGUUCCCUGGGUUAGUGGCUGGGCAGCUGCCCCAGUGACUCGGGUUCUAGCUGGCAAUUCAGUGGGGCCGUUUACUACCGAGCCUGGGUGGCAUCAGCUGGUGAGGGCAGAUGCUAAUCUAGCAACACCAUCUAAGCCACCGGAGCCCAGGAAGCCAGAGAGAUCAGAAAGAAAGAGAAGCCCAGGAGGAGAGAAAGGGCUCCAGGGAGCCCAGCUCCAAGGGCUCCAAGGAGCCCAGGUGCUGGCGGAGACCCAUCACAUGGGAGCAAGUGAAAAAUUGAAAAUGGCUUCCCCAGAACCUAAGGGCCUUGUCCCCUUCACGAGGGAGUCUCUUGAACUUAUGGAACAGCGUAUUGCUAAAAAACACAAUGAGGAACAUGAAGAAGAUUUAAAACCAAACUCUGACUUGGAAGUUGGAAAAGAGCUUCCAUUUGUUUAUGGAAAUCUUCCUCAAGGAAUGGUGUCAGAGCCCUUGGAAGACGUGGACCCAUACUACCAGAAUAAAAAUACUUUCAUGAUACUAAACAAGAAGAGAACAAUUUUCAGAUUUAAUGCCACCUGGUGUACAUUGUCUCCUUUCAAUUCAAUUAGAAGAGCAACUGUUAAGAUUUUGGUACAUCCCUUUUUUCGACUAUUAAUUUUGAUUAGUGUCUUGAUUGACUGCAUAUUUAUGUCCCUGACUGAGGGGCCAAAAUGGGGGCGAGAAUUACAGAUCACUUUGCUUGCAAUUUACACAUUUGAAAUACUUGUAAAACUCAUUGCAAGAGGCAUCUGGACAGGAUCUUUUUAUUUCUUUGGUGACCCGUGGAACUGGCUUGACUUCAGUGUAACUUUGUUUGAGCACAUAACAAUAUAUUCGCCUCUAAACUUCACACCAAUAUUUAGAGUUGCAAGAAGUUUGAGAAUUUUGAAAAUUAUUCCCUUAAACCAAGGUGUGAAAUCUUAUGUAGGGAUCCUGCUCCAAUGCUUGAAGAAACUUACCGGUGUCAUUAUCCUUACUCUAUUUUUUCUGAUCAUAUUUUCUCUAAUUGGGAUGGGGUUCUUCAUGGGCAACCUAAAGCAUAAAUGUUUCCGAUGGCCCCAAGAAAAUGAAACUGAAACCCUGCACAACAAAACCAGAAACCCAUGUUAUAGUCGAGAAACAGAAAACUUUUAUUAUUUGGAAGGAGAAAGAUAUGCUCUCCUUUGUGGAAACAGAUCAGAUGCCAGUCAGUGUCCUGAAGGAUAUGCGUGUAUAAAAACUGGCAUGAAUCCUGAUAAUGGCUACACAAAUUUUGACAACUUUGGCUGGGCCUUGUUAGCCCUAUUCCGGUUGAUGACGCAGGAUUACCCUGAAGCACUGUAUCAUCAGAUCCUUUAUGCUUCUGGAAAGGUCUACAUGAUAUUUUUUAUUAUAAUAAGUUUUUGGUUUGCCUUUUACAUGGCAAGUUUGUUCUUGGGCAUACUUGCAAUGUCCUAUGAAGAAGAAAAACGGACAGCUGCUGAAAAAACUAAGAAGAUUGAAACAGAAUUUCAGCACACUUUACUUCAAGAAGAAAAUGAAGCAGCUGAGGCCAAGACCACACAAAUAGAAAUGAAGAAAAGAUCACCAACUUCUAUGAUCACUUCUUUGGAUAUGUUGGAUGAUGCUACUAUCAGACAUAAAGAAGAGCAUAAAAAAUCUCAGAAGAGAUGUCCAUUGUGUUGGUAUAAAUUUGCUAAAAUUUUCUUGAUUUGGAAUUGUUCUCCCUGUUGGUUAAAGUUGAAAGAGUUUGUCCAUGUGAUUAUGAUGCAUCCAUUUACUGAUCUUUUUCUCACUAUAUGCAUAAUUCUAAACAUAUAUUUUUUGGCCAUGGAAUGUUAUCCAAUGAGUGCAACAACAUCCAAUGUUCUCAGCAUUGGAAACCUGGUUUUUAUUGGAAUUUUCACAACAGAAAUGAUUUUUAAAAUAAUUGCCAUGCAUCCAUAUGGGUAUUUCCAAGUAGGCUGGAAUAUUUAUGAUAGCAUAAUUGUGUUCCUUGGUUUAGCAGAACUUUUUCUAGCAAAUGUUCAUGGACUGGAUGUUUUUCGAUUAUUCAGGGUGUUGCGAAUUUUCAAGUUGGGGAAAUACUGGCCAACAUUUGAGAUUCUGAAGCUGACUCUUAUAAAGUCACUGGUGGCCCUGAAAGACUUGAUCCUGCUGUUGUACACAUUCCUGUUCUUUUCUGCUGUGGUCGGCACAAAGCUGUUUGGUUUGAGUUACAAAGCAUAUGUCUACAACUUAGACAAAGACUGUCAACUUCCACGCUGGCACAUGGGUGACUUCUUCCACUCCUUUCUGAAUGUGUUCCGGAUUCUCUGUGGAGAGUGGGUAGAGACUCUAUGGGAUUGCUUUGACACAGCAGGCCAAUUCAGUUGUGUUCCUUUUUACAUGAUGGUCAUUUUAAUUGGAAACCUUUUGAUACUUUACCUGUUUCUGGCUUUGGUGAUCUCCUUUAGCUCAUGCAAUGCUGCAACGCAUGCAGAGAAUGAAGAAGCCAAAAAUCUCCAGUGUGCAAUGGCAAGAAUUAAAAAAGGGAUAUGCUAUGUGCUUUCUAAAAUAUUAUGUAAAAGACUAAAUGUUCCCAAGGACACAGUGGACAAUGUAAAUGACACACAUGUUAAAGAGAAUAUUUCUGGCCAUACUCUUUCUGAAUUGAGCAACACUGAAGAUGUCCUCAAGGACAAGGGAAAAAGCAGUGGCACAGAGAAAACCACAGUGACUGAAAAUGAGAGUGAGUCACUUAUCCCCAGUCCUAGUGCCUCCGAAACUGUACCAAUUGCUUCCGGAGAAUCUGAUAUAGAAAAUCUGGAUAAUAAGGAGAUUCAGAGCAAGUCAGGUUACGGCAGCAGCAAAGAGAAGGUAAAGCCAUCUAGCUCAUCUGAAUGCAGUACAGUUGAUAUUGCUAUCUCUGAAGAAGAAGAAAUGAUCAAUGAACAUGAGAAGCCAAAGCAUCCUAAAAACAGUUAUGAACGAAGAUCUUCACCAGGUCAAAUUAGUAGAGAAUCCAAGAGAGGAAAAAUUUGGCGAAACAUAAGGAAAACCUGCUGCAAGAUUGUAGAAAACAGUUUUUUUAAGUGUUUCAUUGGCCUUGUCACUUUGCUCAGCACAGGUGCUCUGGUAUUUUGCCUGAACUUAAUAGGCAAAUCUCAGGAACUAAAACUACUUACGUCCAUUAAAUUCCUUCGGGCACUUAGAGUUCUAUCUCAAUUUGAAAGAAUGAAGGUGGUUGUGAGAGCUUUGAUGAAAACAACUUUACCGGCUUUGAAUGUGUUUCUGGUCUGCCUUAUGAUCUGGCUGGCUUAUAGCAUCAUAGGAGUACACUUAUUUGCUGGCACAUUCUAUGAAUGCAUUGACCCAACAAGUGGAGAAAGAUUUCCUACAUACGAAGUCAGGAAUAGGAGUGAAUGUGAAAGUCUUGUAUUCAAUGAAUCCAUGCCAUGGGAGAAUGCAAAACUGAACUUUGAUAAUGUUGGAAAUGGUUUCCUUUCAUUGCUUCAAGUAGCAACAUUUAAUGGAUGGAUAGAUAUUAUGAAUUCAGCUGUUGAUUCUACUGGUGUACAUAUGCAGCCUGAUUUUGAAGUGAAUAUCUACAUGUAUUGUUACUUUAUUGGUUUUAUUAUCAUUGGAUUAUUUCUUCCUCUGACUAUGCUGGUCGGUGUUAUUCUUGCUAAUUUCAACAAGCAUAAAAUAAAGGAGGGAGGCUCCAAUAUUUUUAUAACAGAAAAACAGGAGAAACAAUAUCUAACACUGAAGAAGCUGAUGUAUGAGGACUCUCGAAAAACAAUACCUUGCCCAGGAAACAAGUUCCGAAGAUUCAUCUUUGACUUGGUAACAAGUCAAGCUUUUAACAUCAUCAUUAUGGUUCUUAUCUGUUUCCAAGCAAUAACCCUUAUGAUACAAAGUGAUGAACAGAGUAGACAAAUGGAUACUGCUGUCCUCUGGCUUCAGAUACUUUUCAUUAUUCUCUACACCGGAGAAUGUGUGCUGAAGCUCAUCGCUUUCCGUUGUAACUAUUUCACGAGUGGAUGGAACGUUUUAGAUUUUAUAGUGGUCAUUUUCUCUAUUACAGGACUACUUCUGCCUCUGAUAGGAGAAUACUACCUUGUACCUCCUUCCUUCCUGCAACUGAUAGUUCUCUCCCGGAUCAUCCACAUCCUGCGUCCUGGGAAAGGACCGAAGGUGUUCCAUGAUCUGCUGCUUCCUCUGGUGCUCUUCCUCCCGGCACUGUUGAACAUCAGUCUGCUCAUCUUCCUCGUCAUGUUCAUCUACGCCAUCUUUGGCAUGUACAAUUUUGCCUAUGUGAAAAAGGAGGCUGGAAUUAAUGAUGUGUCCAACUUUGAAACCUUUGGCAGCAGUAUGCUCUGUCUAUUCCAGGUUACAAUAUUUGCUGGUUGGGAUGGGAUGCUCAAUGCUAUUUUUAACAGUAAAUGGUCUGACUGUGAUCCUGAUAAAAUUAACCCUGGGACCCAGGUUAGAGGAGAUUGUGGUAACCCCAUUGUCGGAAUUAUUUAUUUUGUCAGUUACAUCCUCAUAGCGUGGCUGAUCAUUGUAAACAUGUACAUUGUUCUUGUAAUGGAGUUUGUAAAUAUUGCUUCUAAAAAAACAGCCAAGACCUUGAGUGAAGAUGACUUUAGGAAAUUCUUUCAGGUCUGGAGGAGGUUUGACCCUGAUGGGACCCAGUACAUAGAUUCUAGCAAGCUUUCAGAUUUUGCAGCUGCUCUGGAUGCUCCACUUUUCAUGGCAAAACCAAACAAGGGCCAGCUUGUGGCCAUGGAUCUUCCAAUGGCUGUUGGGGACAGAAUUCAUUGCCUAGACAUCUUACUUGCUUUUACAAAGCGAGUUGUGGGUAAAGAUGUGAGGAUGGAGAAACUUCUUUCAGAGAUGGAAUCGGGGUUUAUCUUGGCUAACCCUUUUAAGAUCACAUAUGAGCCAAUUACAACUACCCUGAAACGAAAACAAGAGGCAGUCUCAGCAACCAUCAUUCAGCGUGCUUAUAAAAGUUACCGUUUGAGGCAAAGUGACAAAAAAACAUCAGAUAUCCAUAUGAUAGAUGAUGACAGGGAAGUUCAAGCUACCAAAGAAGAUGCCUAAUUUGAUAGAGUUUAGGAAAAUCAACUAUUCAAAGCCAGAUCUAGUUCCAUUUACCACCUUUUCACCUUCUUUACAUAUCUCAAAAAUGUUAAAAGUUUAAGACAGAAAUAAAAGCAAAGAUUAGAGAUAGUAAAGAUUUCACUUAAUCGUCAAUUGUUUACAACUCAUGGAAGUUAAGGUUGUUUUCACAAGAUUCCAUAUUGAAUUCACUUUUUUACCCCUCUGUGUUCAAUGUAACCAAGACAACACUUUAAAUCACUGUAGUGAAUUAAAGUGCUUUAAACUUCCCAUUUGAUAACCCAAUGCUUGGAUUCUAUAUAUGAUUUACAUAGUGUGUGCCUCCUCUGGAGAAUGGGAUGGAGGUAGUAGAGAUUAGUAACAAAAGGGUCUUACUUGUAUAUUUUAUGCAUAUUUUAAUUUGAUGGGAUUUAAGUCCCCUCUUUCUUAACAUAGGAUAGUGUUUAAAAACAGUACAAUGCCACAGGCCAUUAAAUCAUGAACUCAGCUACACAGAUGCCAAUUGGGGAAGAGGAAGGGCAGUUCUUAGAAAGUGCCUUCAAGAUCAAUCACAAAGACCUUGGGCUGAAUCAAACCACAUUUGAAAAAGAUUGAUUGGAGCUCGGUUUUUGUUUUCUUUUCUUUUUGGUAUGAGGAAGGGGAAUUCCUGUUUUUCAUUGUUCUUGGAUUACUGGUUUCUCGUCUCUGGCUAGUUCCACCUAAGCCCAGCUCUCCAAAAGAAUUAUUCUUUUGGAGAAAUAAAGGGAACACAUUUUUUUUAAGUAUACAUUUAUUAAAAUGAUAUAAUAGGCAAUAUGUUAAUAGAUUCAAGUCUUACAUUAUCGUAGACCUGAUGUAUUUUACUAUUUAUCCAUAAUGUAACAUUGAGUAUAUAAGAUCUGGCAAAUGCAUAUAAUAAUUGAAUUAGAAGAGUCAAGGGCUACCAUUGUGUCUAGGGAUUUUCACAGUGUCUUGAUCCUGGGAAACUGGCCAAUUUCAUUGGGAAACUGGCCAAUUUAAAGUAUGUUUUGCUGUAUUUUAUGGUUCUUUAUACUUUAGAGAAAGAAAAUGAUCAAAGAAACUGUGAGAACUCUGAAUUAGGAGAUCAAAAUGUAAGUUUGUUGUUGGUGGGAUUUUAUAACAUUAAUGUAUGCAAGUUAGUUUUCACUUACUCAUUUAUCUUUUCAAGUUCUUUGCUGUUCCUAUCUCAUCCCAUACAUAACUACUCUGUAAAAUGUUUUAUGUCUGAAACACUUUAAAACCCUAAACAUUAAUUUUUAAGUAUUAAAAUUAUUUUUAAAAGAUAGGCACAAAAUUGUUUUUUGAUAUAUUCAUAAAAAUGCAGUCACAUCCAUGUAGUUCGAGAUCCUGAAAUUUAUUAAUUUUGUAUAAAACUUGCUAUCAAUGUGCCUAUAAAGUCCUAAAGGAUUCAAAACGAAAAUAUCUAUACUGUAAGCUUAAAUGACAAGUUUUCAAUAUGUUGUAUGACAUUCAAUGCCAUUUCAAUAUCAGCAAUUGUAUUUUAUUAUGAAUGCAUGAUCUUGAGCCUUAACUAUUAUAAUCUAACUAUCUUUGCUCCUCAGAAAUGUAUUAACCUGACCAAGAUGCCUUUGGGAAUCUGAUCCCCUAAGCAAAUGUAACUUCAGGGUUCUGUUUUUUUCUAUGUGCUCCUUCCCUUUCUCCUCCUGUUCUCCAUCAGGUAUGUGAUGGGGACCAUAAGAGAUCAGUGUUAACUUGGUAACCUGUGGACCUGGUGCUUUGUCUAAGCUUAUCAGUUUUCUGUGUCUUGGAAGUGCUUUAAUGCAGAUACCGCUUCCAAUAUUUAAACUGAAUCUUAACUUGCUUCUGUAAAUUCCAUAAAGACCACAAACUGAUUUUAGUUUGAAAAUUAUAUCUUUUACUUGUAAACUGUGUUUGCCACUAACCUACCAAUGUUGUGUAAAGAAUUAUUUUUAACAAAGUCGUACAAUAUAUUCUACUUUUUAGAUACUUUAGAGAAAAUAAUAAAUGCAACCUGUUAACCACA